UGGGAAGGGAGCGGCGCGGCUCGGCCUCGCAGCCUGAGCGGCGGCAGCGCCGCCAUGUCCGGGGGCAGCAGCGCCGGCGAGUGGUGCCUCAUGGAGAGCGACCCGGGCGUCUUCACCGAGCUCAUCAAGGGCUUCGGCUGUAGAGGAGCACAAGUUGAAGAAAUAUGGAGCUUGGAGCCAGAGAACUUUGAAAAAUUGAAGCCAGUACAUGGGCUGAUUUUUCUCUUCAAGUGGCAGCCCGGAGAGGAGCCAGCGGGUUCUGUUGUCCAGGAUUCCAGACUGGAUACAAUAUUUUUUGCUAAGCAGGUCAUAAAUAAUGCCUGUGCAACUCAAGCCAUAGUAAGUGUGCUGUUAAACUGUGCUCAUCAAGACAUUCAUCUAGGAGAGACCUUGUCAGAAUUUAAAGAAUUUUCCCAAAGCUUUGAUGCUGCAAUGAAAGGUUUGGCACUGAGCAACUCAGAAGUGAUUCGGCAAGUUCACAACAGUUUUGCCAGACAACAGAUGUUUGAGUUUGAUGCAAAGUCUUCAGCAAAGGAAGAAGAUGCCUUUCACUUUGUAAGCUAUGUUCCUGUUAAUGGGAGGCUAUAUGAGCUAGAUGGCUUAAGGGAAGGACCAAUUGAUUUAGGUGCAUGCCAUCAGGAUGACUGGAUAAGUGCAGUGCGGCCCGUCAUAGAGAAGCGCAUACAAAAAUACAGUGAAGGUGAGAUAAGGUUUAACCUGAUGGCUAUUGUGUCUGACAGGAAGAUGAUAUAUGAGCAGAGGAUUGCAGAGCUACAGCAGCAACUGGCAGAGGAGGAGCCUAUGGAUACAGAUCAAAGUAGUAAUAUGUUAAGUUCUAUACAAUCAGAAGUUGCAAAAUACCAGAUGUUAAUUGAAGAAGAGAACCAAAAAUUAAAAAGAUAUAAGAUUGAAAAUAUUAGAAGAAAACAUAACUACCUGCCUUUCAUCAUGGAAUUGUUAAAGACUCUAGCAGAGCACCAGCAGUUAAUACCCUUAGUAGAAAAAGCAAAAGAAAAACAGAAUGCCAAGAAAGCUCAGGAGGCCAAAUGAAGAUGACUUUGCAAAACACAUACAGUUACUUGCUUCUGAUACUAUUUUCAUGACAACAAAUAAAGCUUUUCAUAAACUUCAA